AGUAUCCAGAGCCAGUUUCAUCACCCACUUCUACCUCUCAAGAGUGGUGCGGAAAUCGGGCCGCCUCAACACCUUUCUGGAACAGUUGCCCAACAAAAACCUCAUUUUCUUCCGCGAUCUGGGCAACACCAUCCUCACAAUGCAGUGGCGCUGGAUCCUCACCACCCUGUGCCUGGUCAACUUCGCUUGCUUCGUCCUCUUCAGCUUCCUCUGGAUGUUCCUGGCGAAGAUCAGCGGCGACUUCAGCCAGAGCUUGAACAACACGGACAAGGCCUGCAUUGUGAACGCCCGCACCUUCUCUGGCUACCUGCUGUUGAGCAUCGAGACGAUGACGACAGUGGGGUACGGAUAUCGGUACCCAACUGAACACUGUGUGGGCGGCUGGGUGCUUCUGAUGCUUCAGGCGAUCUUCAACACGUGCGUUCAGGGCGCUCUGGUCAGUGCCGUCUAUGUGAAGACGUCGAAGCCCUUCACCAAGUCAUCGUCGCUCUUCAGCAAAAAAGCAGUGGUGUGUCUUCGCGACGGCAAGUUGUGCUUCAUAUUCCGGAUUCACGACUUUUCCCGGAAGAUCUGGUGCGGCACCAACAUCUCCCUCUACUACAUCGACAAGGAGCAGAACCAUCUGGAUGAGGACUUUGAAAUGCAAAAAAUGACGAUCGAACCGCAUGGUUUGCUGCUGUUUCCACUCGAAAUUGAACAUGUGAUCGAUGAGGACAGUCCGCUCUACAAGUUUCGGCCGUUUGAGGUCCUCCACACCAGGUACGAGAUCGUGGCUGUAGCUGAGGGAAGUUCGACAAUCACUGGCCAGGUGUCGCAAAACAGAACCUCCUACAGCAAUGCGGAUAUCAUGUGGGGACAUCGGUUUCUCCCCUGUGUGGAUUACGACGAGCGCCAGAGGAUUCACGUGGUGGAUUACAAGAAGUUCAAGCAGGUGCUGCCCUUUGAUACGCCACUGUGCAGUGCCCGAAAACUGGCCGAGAUGCAGUCCAGAUUAACCGGAUAUUUUGAUAAAAAUGCCACUUCUGUCGCUGAGCCGGCAGAUCGCGAUCGCACCCGAUUGCAGAUCAUUCCGGAAGACGAAGAUGAAGAGUUCGGAAGUGUGACCGAUGUGAAAUCCAAAGAAGAACGCAUACCUGAGGUGUUCCGAAAGUUGUUUCAUAUGGAAAGUGUGCACGAUGUCCGAAAAUACAACAUUUAACUUGAA